CUAAAGAGCCGCUGAGCCAAUCGGUUCCCUGCCUGCGUCCGCGUGGCGGAGUAGUGAGGUUUGUGCCGGAAGCUGUGGAUGUAACGAUUCUCUGUGUGUUCCUGGGUUCAGCUACAGUGUAGUCAGGAUGGGGCGGAAAAUGUAGCGCGGAUUGGAGCAGAGCGAACCGUGCCGUGCUGAGCUGAGCGCGAGUAGCGCGGGUGAGAAGCAGUUUUGGAAGAGGGCUGCACCGUCAGGUCAUGAUGCUGUCGACGGUCACUGCCGAUCUGGAGAGCGCUCAGCGGUUAUCUUUAGGAUCCGAUUCCCCUGCCCUCUCCGACCUGCCCCAGGAUGUAUAUGCUGAGCUGCAGCACAGGGAAGCACCUCUAACCCCUGACAGACCUGCUGGGGCAGCUGGGGGUGUUGAAUCCAGCCUGCCAGAGCCCCAGGGCUGCUUCGAGGGGGCGUCGGCCAGUUCCCCUGCUUUGAAGUGCGAGGUGUCCCAAGACGAAACUGGUGAAAUGCACGCCGAGGUGAACUGCAAAGAACUGGGCUCUGUUGCAACUGGUGAAGGCGAUGGGGAAGGAGGAGUGAGAACAGACCGCAGGACUGAGCUGCCUUUGAGUCCCAUGCAAGGGGACGCCGUGAAUCCGGCACAGGCAAAUGAAAUCACAGUCGCAGAGUGCAGCGCUGCAGAAAAGGCACGGUCCAUUGACCUUGAAGCAGACAUUACAGACAUGGAUGUUGAUGCUGGACGUGCUGAAGGGUUGGAAGCGAGUGCAGCGGGGACCUGCGGGAGAGAACUGACCGAAUCAGAGAGCUCAUGUUCCCCAAUAAAGAAAUCUGAAGUGCCGGAAGCCAAAAACAAAACAGGCCUGGUCACGGCUGAUUCAAACGAUGCUGUAUCUGCAGCAGUUUGGGCCCUUGAAGUAGUUUCCAUGGAAACAAAGACUCAGAACUCCCCUUGCAUCGGUGAUGGAAAUGGGGAACCUAACACAAACAAUAAUAGUGCUGAUAAUCAUCCCUGUGGAGGGUCUGCACAUGAAGCUGGUGAACCUCUGCCCUGCGGUAACCUCUUAGAGAACAAGCUUUCACAAGCAGAGCUUAAAGAUGUGUCUGUUGCAAAGGUGGAGAGUCCAGGACAAAAUGUUGAAACUGCCCAGAGUACUGGGGUAGGACGGGAUCUAAUGGAUAACCACUGGGUGCACUCCAGGUUCGACGAACUCGCACCUUACAUCAGGCCGCACGAUGAAGAUGAGAUCUUGGGCGUCUGCGCUGAGAACGAAUUCGUGCUCGGAGUCGAUUGCAGCCGUUCGGAACAGAAGGACGCUGAGGAUUCUGUCUGUGGAGAAGGGGAAGAAAGGCUCCCAGCUGAACUCUCCUCCGAAAGUCAGUCGGAAGUGAUUUCGGAAGCAGAACCAGUGGCGGGUCUCCCGGGUGAGGGAUGCGAUGUUCCUGUCCUGACCCGUUCAGAAGUGCACCAGGCAGAGCGUGCCGUGCCUUGUGAGUGUGUGACUCGGAUCCAGGAGGGGGGCUCUGCAAAGGGCAGCACCCCGUGUUCCGCAGGGCUCGGCAGCCCGGCACAUGUGCACUGUGGCUCUGACCGCAAUUAUUGUUCACAAUGCAAUAGGAAUAUCGAGGUGCCUGCUGACUGUAAAAUCGCAAGCAGCGUCCCAGCGAAACACCUGAAUAAAAGUGGCUGCUGUCCCCUGGGUUACAAUGUGCCAGCUGGAGCUCCUUUGGUAACCACCAGGGGCCAGAGUGUGACGCCUCAGGCUUGUGAUGCACUGGAAACCGAGAGCCAGGGUGCAGCUCAGACUCCGGAAAGCGAUUUCUCUGUGCGGUUAUCGGGGGAGGAAGAUCCUGUGGAGCUGCUGCAAGGUGAAACGGACCUCUCCAGGCAGGCAGCUCAUGGCGAACAGGCCCUAACUGUUCAGAAGUGUGAAGUGCGAUUGGAAAACAAUGAAGCGACUUCGGUAGCAAAGCAAAAGACUAAAGACGUGCUGCACCCAGAAGAUAAGCUGGAGCAGAGGGCAUCCUCUGAAGCUGCCGCAGAUAUUGGGACAAUGGUUUCAGCAGACCGAACUGGAAGUACUGGCACGCUCGGGGAAAGAGACCCCGAUAGGGGGACGGAGUCUGGGGGAGACGGAGUGAAGCUUGGGGUUUCAGAGUGUCGGACGGAUCGCGGAUCCCAGUUAAACUCUGAAGGUGAAAAAGACACUCUAGGUACCCCUGCAUCUUCAAUAGGAAAUCCAUCGGCACUCGAAAACAGGUCAGCCACUGAUAUAACUCUGCACGGUGCAGGAGCAGCGGCUGUUGCUGAUGGUGCUGGAGUGAACGGCUUGUGUGGGACGUUGGAGCAGGAAAAGCCGAGCAGUCUGAUUGAUGUGGAAAGACCUUUAACAGAAUCUGAAAGUGGACAAGUUUCGGGAAGCGUUGAGAUCCCACUGCAACCCAGGGAAGGUUGCAAAACAGCUGCCGUUAGUGACGGCACUACAGAAAGCGUGUGUGGAGCUGCUGAGCUGGAGUCGGGAGGUCGGAGUACUUUGAAUGAUAAGGACAAAUCUGUAAAAGAAACCGAAGGCAUUGAGACAAGCUGGCAGCCCAGUGAGGAUUGCAGGCUGCCCUGUGAAGGUGAACUGGACUGCAUCGAAACAUCACAAAGCCAAGGUAGCUGUAAAGCAAUUCCGAACUGUCAUGCAGAAGAAUCCGAAAUCCACGAGGAUCCAGUGGACCCUGCCACUCCUUUACAAACCGGUUGUGAUGUUUCCGGAGACUGGGAAAGAUCUAGUGCAGAAAGUUCAGAACCACGUGAGAAUCGAUUGGACCCCCCUGGUCAUUUCAGAACUGGUUGUGAUGAUGAGGCCACACCUGAAAAACGGCAGCCUUGCAAAGGAGCAGAAGAAGAUGCUGAAAGACUGCGUGCCUCCGAUGAAGAAUUGGACUGCACCGAAGGGCGUUCAGACAGCCAAGGCAAAAACCUGACCUCAAUAGACAAGGUGGAAGCUUCAGCUGAGGGUGGGGCUGCAUUAAAAAACAGCCUGGUUAUUAAACAGCAACCUGCUGACCCGGAAACAGUCAGCUCUGAACUUGGUGGCAGGAGCGAGGAGAUUGCAGAGGUUCCAUUGGAAAGAAUGGAGCACCAGCCAGCUGUGUGCAACAAGAGCACCUCCCCCCUGCAUGCAGCAAGCAGUGUGGCAUGCAGCCAGAGCAACCAGGCUUUGCUUGUGGAGCUUGUGGAAGAAACGAGCCUCUCUGAAGGGGAGAGAACCACAGAGUGCACUUUGCAAGACCCCAGUGCUCCCCACACUUCUGAGUGCUGUAAUCAAAAACAUACAUCUCCAACUGAAAUUGACAACAGCUCAAAAACAAGCAGCUGUGACCCGCCUUGCACAAGCCACACACACAGUGUUCCCGUUGAGCCAGGAAAAGCACCCGUUGGGAAGUGCGCUGCGGUUGAAGGGGAGUUCGGAAAGCCGCCUAGAAAGAAGAGGGUAGUGGAGUUACGGAAACAGCCAGAAAGGAGUUGCAAGGCAGGGACCAAGGUGCCAGAGCUAUUGCAGGAUCUGAGAAGAAUGAGGGAUUCAAACGCUCAAGUGUUUAUCAGGACCCAGGUAGUGAACAUUGCAGAGCUAGGCCAUGGGACUAGUGAAACCAUGAACCACGCAGUUCAUAGCGGCGCAGUUCUGAAUGCAAACCUGCCCAAGGAGGAAAGGACUUUCCCUUCUCUAAGAAACGAGACGUCCAAGCCACACAAGCCUUGCCUUAAUGUGCUGCGCAGUGUAAAGUGUCAGAAAAAUAUCCAGGAACCCCUGCUGUUGAAGUUAUCGAACGUGGCCAGUAGCCUGGUGCCGGUUAGGAGUCCUCAAAAGUUCAGACCUUUUUAUAGGUCGUCCAAAGCCUUGCCGUACAGAUUAGAGAGGGGGCUGAAAGCCGGAGCAGCUGACGUCUCUGUGUGCAUGAAGACAAAAUUAAAACCUUACUGGUACAACAGUUUUUGUUGCAGGCUUCCCCAUUUAAAGGGCCACUCUUUGAAGAAUGUAACAUUUCAGUCUCUUGCACUUUCCUGCAAUGCAGACCUAUCCAAGGUUUCCUUGUACCGAACGGAUCGCUGGAAACCCUCGGUGACCUUUACUACCCCCGUCUUUCCAGUUUCUUUCCAUGUUAGAUUGGGGUCCAUGUCGUCUUUACCGUCUGGUGAUGAUGAUGAUGAUGAUGAUAAGAAGUCUUGUUCUUCAAAACUCAUGUUGCAUGAAGCAUCUAUCCAGCCUCCUUCAUCUUCCUCCUCCUCUCUCUCUUCAGCAUGGACUUGUUCCUCCUUCUCUCCAGAUGUUUCCGCAGGUUACCGCAGCGUUGUCCAGAACACCACGCUCACAGGCUUCAGUGGUGAAUUGCACCCCGUUGUGUUUACAUGCUCUGGGAGCAGCGAGCCCCGCUGCCGAAGCUGCUGUUUCAGUGAAUGCCAGGAGCUUGUGUGCCGGACGGCCUCCUCUUCCUCCUCUCCGUUCUCCAGGUUCGGGCUGCACACUGUUUUAGCCCUUUCCUCUCCGGCUUGUUAUCGGGUCUGGACUCGCCGGCGCUGCCUGGGCAGCAGGGUCCCUGCGGUCCAGAAGAGGUUCCUGUCCCAGUUUGAGGAGGGGCUGAAGGUGUCUUCCUCGACCCUGAAGGAGAACCUCUUUCCCUCGUUGCACUACUCUCUGGGAAGGAUCGUGGCAGCCUGGAGCAGUCGUGGGCCAGCGGCCUGCCUGCCUGACUUCACUACCUUCUCCUGCCUCGCCACGGAUCACAGCUAUGCAAGGCAGUUGCUGCAGUGCUUUGUAGCCAGCUCGUUUGCUGAAGACCGUGCAGCCGCAGGUGUUGCUAAUGAAAGUGACCUCAAUCAACCGGACUGCACUUUACAGAGAGAGCCAUGCCUGAUGCCGUUGUCGCCUGUGUCUGACCGACUGGUCUUUGCACUUCUCGACCAGACUGCUGCACAGAUCAGACCAAAGUCCCUCGUGGCCUGGUCCAGCCUGCCGGCAGCCUCCUGUAUGGAAUGUCGUGCGAGUGACUCCGCCCAGCGCUCCGCAGCACUGCCUGACAUCCUGGGUGUGAGCUAUCCAGAGAUGAAAGAGCAGAGUGUUCUUGAGAAGAGUCUGGUGAGCGAGCCGGGGCUGAGGACGAAGAGGGUUUCCCAAAUCCGCAUUCGGAAAACCGUCCCCAAACCGGACAACAAUCUAACCCCUAUGGGGCUACCGAAACCAAAGAGAUUAAAGAAGAAGGAAUUCAGCUUGGAGGAGAUCUACACCAACAAAAACUACAAGUCUCCGCCUUCCAACAGGAGCCUGGAAACCAUCUUCGAGGAGCCGAAGGAGAAGAACGGCGCGCUGGUGUGCAUCGGGCAGCAGAAGCGCAAGCGGGUCCUGGAGUUCCAGGACUUCACCGUGCCCCGCAAGCGACGCGCCAGGACCGGGGUGAAGCUGAAGAGCAGCCGCACGCGGGGCAGGAAGGCAGCGAAGCAGGGCUGUGCGGAGCUGGACGUGCUGCUCAUCGAGAAGCUGAGCGCGCUGGAGCACUUCUUCAACACCGAGCACAUCACCAUCUGAGCCCUGUGCGGAGCUGCGGCACAGAGAUCUGAGCCCUGUGCGGAGCUGCGCCACAGAGAUCUGAGCCCUGUGCGGAGCUGCGGCACAGAGAUCUGAGCCCUGUGCGGAGCUGCGCCGCAGAGAUAUCUGAGCCCUGUGCGGAGCUGCGGCACAGAGAUCCGAGCUGCUGUUUAAAAUCACUGGCUUCACUAAUCCCAUCUUGAUUCCUGCUUUUCUUCUUCUCUGCCUCCAGUGUCUCCACACUCCUGUAUGAGUGGCUCCAAUUCCUGGUGGGACUUCAGUAUUUAUUUCCAAACCUGCACUGCUUUCCAGUACAAGUGGAUAAACCGCGCUGUCCCCCUGCCUCUUGAGACAGCACGCUGUUUUGUUUUGGACCUAGGAUGAAACGAAACCAUGGUGGAGCAGUGGUAAGAGCAGCCACUGCUCUGUGUAACUGUGUGCUGAAUCGGGCACUUCCGCAGCGUGAAGUUAUAACUGCAGUAUUAUUUUUGACUCUCUUAUUAUUAAAACAGGGGAGGGAAAGACAUGCGCCUGCGUGCACUGGAUUUAUUAAAACACCUGUCGUGAACCGAGCACUUUUCCAAACUAAAAAGCAACAGCAAGGAUCGGGUUCUCAUUCUCCCAUCAAAAUGUUUUUUCUUUCUAUCGUACUUUGUUACUGUAACGUCUGUUCCAUUUGCACCUUCCAAACAAAAUAACGCGCUGCGAUAUUCAGUCUUGCCAAAGUAAUGGGAAACAGUGAUGUAAAUCUGAGUGUAGCUCUUUCUCAAAGUACCGUACACGUUGUUAGAUCACUUUUAAAGAAACACGACUUUUCUUCACAUUUCCUUUCACCUGUACGCUUAUCUACAGUAGGGUGUCGUCAGAACUACAGUAUUUUUAGAAGAGUCACUAUCAAAAAAUAAUUCUUGCUGUGUUUUAUAAUAAAGAAAAAUAAUUGCAUUUGUUAGCAUCGAAAUGUAAAAUGCAAAUGUAGCAACUAGCUUCCUUGGUAUUAUUUAUUCAUCCUUUUUUUUUUUUUUUUUCUAAUAUUUCUUGGGGAGAAAAAGACUGUAGCCUAACAUUACCUCAUGUAGUUAGUUUACAAAUAUUUAGAUCUCAUUAGCCAGUUCUAUCAGCCAAACGAUGGAUUCCGUUCAGUUGUCGAAUGUGAACAGUAAGGGGUUAAUGCACAAACACAAGCUGAUUUUUAAAAAAAUCUUUCUCUAAAACGCUAGUUCCUCUUCAGAAAAAUCUAAAUUGCCCCAAAUUUGUGUUUUUUAAAAAAGGGAAAUAUGAACAAAAAAAACCAUAGCCUGACGGUAAAAAAAUAAAUGAAACCGCAGCAGCUCCAUUCCAUGCUCUCAGAUAAAAACGCUGCUGUGUGACGUGUUUGACUUGGGUAGCGUUCUGACGCGUGUGCCACUGGAAAUGCAACAGAAAUGGGCUCCUGCACAGGGACGGACACGGAUCACCAGCACUUCUUAUGAGCAGUUCAGUGGAGAUUGUGGUCUCUCCGAUUUUAAAUUUAAGAGAGAACAACUUCUGAAGUUGAUGUGCUUUUACACAUUGAAAAUCUAGAUUAACAUGGAAUGAAGAAGGACUGUUGAUCAUGCGUUUUUAUAUGCUUUUCCUGUUUCACAUCCCCUAUUGGUUCAGGUCAUUUACUUUUAUUAAAUAAAACCAAAAAGAAAAAAGCCAAUUCCAUUCUCCCAAUAUUUUUUAUUUUAACUUUCCCCCCUCCAUAUCAAACAGAACUUUGCAUUUGCGGGAGUACUUGCCUCCAGUCCCCUGCGGAUUUCAUUUUUAGGUAGUGGAUUCAUUUGUUUGCUGUCCUGGUUUUUGAAGAAAUACGUUGGCUUGGCAAUUGAUGUACGUAUUAGCUGGUAAAUUUUAUAAAGCAUUGUCUAAGUGUGAAUGCAGCACACAGAAAAUAUCCAUGUAUGUUUUAUCAUACACUGUAUUACACUGGGGUUUGGUGAAUCGUCUCUCUCGCUCGCUCGGUGUGUGUGUGUGUGUGCGUGUGUAUAAUAUAUAUAUAUGAAGCUUCACAUUUCAUAAUCUUUUUUCUUUGUAUGAUCAGGAACAGCAUGCCUGUUACAAAAACACUACAGUUUACUAUUAAUCAUUGUGACCUUUUUUUUGUUUUGUUUUUAUUUAUAAAAUAAAGUGACAUUUGUUUUAAA